AUGUAUAAUGAAUUUAUUCUAAUGUUACCUUUAGAAGAUCAUAUUAAAGAAAGUUUUCAAAAAGAUUUAUUAUUAAAUUGGAUAUGUGAUGAAUGGUAUAUGAGUUUUAUAGAUGGUGGACAUCUUCCUUAUAAAACUGAUAAUCCAUAUGCAAAACCUUUAACUACUAAUAAUUUUACUGAACGAAUGAAUAAAUCAUUAGAAAGUCAACAUAGUAAUGCUAAAACAGUAAUAGACUUUGUUGAAAAUCUUUAUGGAAUUCAAAAAGUACGUUCUACUUUAUCUAAAGAGAAUUCAGGGCAAUUAACUUUUCAUGCUAGUCUUAUUCAAGAUAUAAAAAAUUCUGAUUAUUUUUAUGUUAGAAAAGGAAAUAAUACAUUUCAUUCACCAUAUAAUUUAAUACCCAUAAAACUUAAUAACAAAAUUCAAUUAGAAAUUAGUAAAAUGGUUGAAAAACUUAAUGGAUCUUUUUAUGAUAUCUGUAAGCAUUGUCAUGCUGCUCAGCUUUUUAAAUCAAUUCAAAAAAAAACUGAAAGUUUAGAAACUAUAAAAUCAACAGAAGAUGAAGAAUUUCAAGAAAUUAUUAGACUUUAUAAUGAAGUAGAAGAUGCUAUAUUUUAUCCAUAUAAGUGGCAAUUAUCAGAAAAUGAUCCUUUUAGACUACUUGAAUUAUCUGAAUGUAAUACUAUGAUUUAUAGAUCUCCAAAAACACAUAGAGCAAAACCAUGA